CGACGGCGCGAGGCCGGCCCCGCCUCCUGGCGCCUGCGGCUCAGCUGAGCGCACAAGAUGGCGCCGGAGCCGCCUCUCAGCGCCGCCGAGGCGUACCGGCCCAACCGCUUCGUCUCGCUGCCGGCCGAGCUCGACCCGGACACCUAUGACGCGUCGCCGGAGAAGCGCCGCGCGGAGGCCGAGCGCCUGGCCAUCCGCGCCCGCCUGAAGCGGCAGUACCAGCUGCAGCUCAACAACCCCAACCCGCCCGCCAUCAUCGAAGAUCCCGCCUUGCUCCGCUGGGCCUACGCGAGGACGCAGAAUGUGUACCCUACUUUCCGCCCGACGCCCAAGACGUCCUUUCUAGGGGCUCUUUUUGCCUUGGGCCCUCUCAUCUUCUGGGCCACUGUCUUUAAAGUGCAUAGGGAUCAUAAAGAGAAGCUUAUCCAAGAGGGUAAAUACAAGCGACCAUUCAGUGUAUUUUAAGUUCCUGGAAUUGCACUGCUGUUCACAGGAUAGAAAUAAAAUAAGAUGUAUUAUGUGCUGACGUUUCUCCUUUAUAAGAAUAAAACUUAAUUGCUCGUU